AUGUCCACUAAAGCAGCAUUAGUCAAAUUAAUAGUUGGUGCCGGAAAGGCAGCCCCAGCACCACCAGUUGGUCCAGCCUUAGGUUCCAAAGGUGUGAAAGCCAUCGAUUUCUGUAAAGAAUUCAACGCCCGUACUGCCCAUUAUAUCCCCGACACCCCAAUCCCGGUACAAAUUAGAGUUAAACCAGAUAGAACCUUCACAUUUGAGAUGAAAUCUCCACCAACUACUUGGUUAUUGAAAAAAGCCGCCGGUGUGACUAUGGGAAGUGGGAAACCAACAAAGGAGAUUGUGGGUGAGAUUAGUUUGAAACAUGUUUAUGAGAUUGCUAAGAUUAAGAAAACUGAUGAUAGACAUAAGAAUACGGAAUUGCAGGCUAUUGUGGGUAGUGUGAUUGGGACUGCUAGACUUAUGGGUAUUAAUGUUGUUCCAUAG